GGAGAGGUCAACUGAGUUUUAAGGUCAGACAUGACGUCCUGGGUGUACAAGUGUAGACGGUGUCGCUGUGCCCUGUUAACAGAUCGGUCCCUGCUUACCUCCCAUGAGGAGCCGUUGACUGGGGCAGGAGAGUCUGCAUUGACAGACUGUGACAGAAAAUCCACGGUCUGGUAUGUAUCCACCGAAGACUCCUGUCCAGACUGGGUGACCAGGUGCUUGAACAAAGGAGAGUGGUGUAAAGGGAAGCUACUGUGUCCAAAGUGCCGUGGCAGACUAGGAUCAUUCGACUUCACUUCCUCUCAGAGGUGUCACUGCGGUGCAGAAAUAUGCCCUCCAAUACACAUCAACAAAAACAGGGUCGACUGUUUCUCCGAGAAACUGGAUGUGGGAAUGAAAAUAACUGACUGGGAAGCGGAGAAUACUGAAGUGGAAAUGACGAACAGAUGCGGCAGUGGAGAAGCAAGGAUGGCUGCAGUUAGAGUUGUCUCCCCUUAUGAACCUUGCGCUUAUGUUGCAGCAGACAGAGCUCAAAGCACAGAACGUACGCAGCAUUGUGAUGGAGGAACAGUGAGAAAGCUGUGCAGUAGCAAAUGUAACGAAAGGCCAGACGUGAACAGUGUUGGUAGAGACGUUAGUAUAUCGGGUGGCAACGAAAGUAGAAACUGUACACAUUGGCCUAAUUUACGGGAAAACCCCAGUCAUAAUACUCAACCGGACACAAAUUGUGACCAAUCAGCAUGUAAUUUAGCGAAAUCUCAAGAGAAAGCCGUGGAUCAGGUGGACCAGUUGUGGAUGCACAGUCCGUCGACGGGUGUAGGCAAGGAAGCGCAUUCGCAGAGGUUCUCAUCCAAGCGCAGGCCUCGACACAAACGCGUCGCAAGUGACUGCAGCUGGCUGCGUGAUAAACAGUGUUUAGACUUUGCAACGACAACCACCACACCUCCGCCCAACAAUCUGCCUCGCAGUACCAAUAGCUGUGACAAUCUCAACUCUAUCUCUGUAGGGGCGGAGGAUGGUCAGUCUCGUCAACAUGGUAACCGCAGUGUCCCGAUUUCGACAAGCCUACUGGGGAAGCGAUACGGCCAUAGGAGAGCCCAGUCAAUGACCGUCACCAGUAACAGGUUUGAAUUCCUGCAGGAGGAUGUUGAGUCUCAGGGUUUUUCGCGAUCACCCCAAAGUGGACCAGACAAUCGUAAGCAUCAUAUGGACAGGCCUGUUGCUAUGGAGACUGCAGAUCCACCUGUGCCAGAGGAAUAUGUGUGUCCUGUUUGUCUGGAUCUGUUCUGCUAUCCCCACAGUUGUCUCCCCUGCCGCCACUCUUUCUGCGAGUCUUGUCUUCGUCAGCUAGCCCGUAGUCAACCCGAAAAAACCGCCUGCCCUAUGUGUCGUCAAGUGAUUGUACAGUGUCAGCCACAGCAUAGCCUAUCUUUUCUACUGAAGACCAAUUACCCCAAUCACUACAACCGACGACGAAAGGCGUUGAAAAAACAACACGGAAAACUCCAUCCCCUCCCCAAACUCAAGGCUGACCUACGGCACAAACUAGGCGUGGUUAUGCAAAACAGGCUUCGGGGUCGAAGGUUACGUGAGAUCUGUCGAGACCACUUCAUAAUGACUUUUUUCGUGUACACGGGAGCGGUUGCUUUGCUGUUGGGCGUGUUUCUUUUGCUAAUCCUCAUAUGUUGCAAAAGCCUGUUCUUUCUGUUCCUGCUUCUUCAGUGGCUGGCUGUCACUGCAGUGCGCUGUGCUACAGGCGCUGCCGAUCUGGCGGUCAUGGUCAGUCCAACCCUCAUCGCCACACCCACAGACGCAGUGGCAGCCAAUCGCGUGAUUCUCUCAGUGGUAGCCUUAGCGACUGUGUAUAAACUCUGGAUAGGUUUGUGGUCGAGGGAUCGUGGAGCUGGUAGAACGUGACAGCAUCCUCAGCUCGUGUUCGGGGGGCUGUCCACAAAUGCAGUGGUUAGAGGGAGUCCAAACAGCCCUUUCUGAGAUCAGUUUAACAGGAUUUUCACAUUUCAUCAAUCUUGCAUGAGAAGUUCAGAAAACUUCAAAAGAGUCCAGAUACAUAGCACUAAUUUCAGGGCCAUAUCUAGAGUGACUUUGGUUCUGGAAAACAUUUUGGCUCCCAAACUGUUGGUGCCCAAACUAAAACAGUUGUAUUAAAAACAGGAAGUACGAUGGUUUGCCAAUAAAAAGUAAAAAGUUUUCAUAUAAAUAUCUUUCAUUCACAUUCACUUAAAAGCUUUUAGAAAGCAUCAUUUUAAGUUGAAGUUUCAAAAUUUCUUUUUGUGCACAGUCAAAAAAAGUCACCAUUAAAUUACGGGAUCAGAACUUUUAAUGUUUUUCUAGAUAUGGCCCUGAAUUUUGUAUGUAUAUGACCCCGUGGAAGGGAGCAUAUAGCUUGCUGUAUGAACUUGUGCUCUGUAUUCAUGAUUGUACGAAGGAAACAUCUUUAAAAAGGUGUAAUAUUUUACUAGUGGAUAUACAGGUAAAUACACAACAUGUGCAAGGCUUGUUUUGACCUUUUGUCUUGUACAAAACAACACAUGGCGAUGUACAUUGUACCUUUUCUCAUGUACGGGCGUCUCACAUGACUCAAGUCUAUAUUGAACUGCCCACUAAUAGUGACUGUACCCUUGUAGAGCAUGAGUACUAGUUACGUUAUAUAACCAAUUACGUUACCAGGGCGGACUUUUACAA